UUGUCCGCAAAUCACAAGUGGGUCAUAAAAAAAUCGAAGCUUUUGUCUGCUUUUUACUCUCUCAGCGACGCCUCUUCUCGCCUACUCUCUCUCGUUGACUCCACUUUGCUCCUCUUAUCUGACAACUCUCAGAAAAGAAUCUGAUGGGUGUGAUCGAUGUCCAGGGCCCCCCAUCGUCUUACAUUCUAAGAAAGUCUCAACCUUUGAGGAGAAACAUCACUAGGGUUCACUGUGUUAAGACCACAAGUGAGAAGUUAACCAUGGGAGACUCUUUUAUCCGACCACACUUGAGACAACUAGCUGCUUAUCAGCCAAUCUUACCCUUUGAGGUUCUGUCUGCUCAAUUAGGAAGAAAGCCUGAGGAUAUUGUCAAGUUAGAUGCUAAUGAGAACCCUUAUGGUCCUCCUCCUGAGGUUUUUGAAGCGUUAGGUAAUAUGAAGUUCCCUUACGUCUACCCUGAUCCUCAAAGUCGUAGGCUUCGUGAUGCACUUGCUCAAGACUCUGGUCUUGAGUCUGAGUACAUUCUUGUUGGUUGUGGUGCUGAUGAACUUAUCGAUUUGAUCAUGAGAUGUGUGUUGGAUCCUGGGGAGAAGAUUAUAGACUGUCCUCCUACUUUCUCAAUGUAUGUGUUUGAUGCUGCUGUCAAUGGAGCAGGUGUCAUAAAAGUUCCAAGGAACAGUGAUUUCAGCUUGAAUGUAGACCGCAUUGCUGAAGUUGUUGAACUAGAGAAACCCAAAUGCAUAUUCCUAACGUCUCCCAACAAUCCAGAUGGGAGUAUCAUCAGUGAAGAUGAUCUGUUGAAGAUCCUUGCCAUGCCAAUACUUGUUGUCCUAGAUGAAGCCUACAUCGAGUUCUCAGGAGUUGAAUCAAGGAUGAAAUGGGUUAAAAAGUAUGAGAACUUAAUCGUUCUCCGCACAUUUAGCAAACGAGCUGGUUUGGCCGGGCUUCGAGUUGGAUAUGGAGCGUUUCCAUUGAGCAUAAUCGAGUACUUGUGGAGAGCCAAGCAACCAUACAACGUCUCUGUUGCAGGGGAAGUAGCAGCACUAGCAGCACUCUCAAACGAGAAGUACUUAGAAGAUGUGAGAGACGCGUUGGUACGGGAAAGAGAGAGACUCUUCGGGCUUUUGAAAGAAGUGCCGUUCUUGAAUCCUUUCCCUAGCUACUCUAACUUCAUUCUCUGUGAGGUUACAUCUGGAAUGGAUGCAAAGAAGCUGAAAGAGGAUCUGGCUAAGAUGGGUGUGAUGGUGCGUCAUUACAAUAGUCAAGAGCUUAAAGGUUAUGUUCGAGUUUCUGCUGGAAAGCCUGAACAUACUGAUGCUCUCAUGGAUUGUCUUAAGCAGUUUUAUUGACUUUAUCAUUUGUUUGGAACUCAUUGAAACAAAUGAAAAGACUGUUAUGAGUUCUCUGUUUUUUUAGUUUGGGAUCACUUUGUUGGGUUAAAUCUUUAAGACUUCAGUUAAUGAGAUAUUUGCAAUAAGAGAAGCCUUUCUUGUAUUGUAA